AUGAUGCCUCAAAUCAUUGAUCUGACCCACACUCUUGACGAAUCUACACCAACAUAUCCCGGCGACCCGCCUUUUCUCCCGUCCUGCGCUGCCUCCAUCGCCCAUGACGGCUACGCGGUCACAAAGCUGUCUCUUUCUUCCCAUGCUGGCACCCACAUCGACGCCCCCGCACAUUUUGUUGCUGGCGGCAGGACCAUCGACAAAUUAGCGAUCCACGAGCUCGUUGGAAGGGUAGUAGUGCUUGACAUUUCCGCUCAAUGCGAAGCCUCGAAGCCUAUCUCGCGAAACAUCAUCCAGCGCGCUCUCCAGUUGGCCUGGUCUCCCACGGAAAAACACGACGACACACCGAUGCCGAUGCUGUUCAUUCAGACUGGUUGGUCGCGGCACUGGAGCGCGUUCGCCAAGACGUAUUUCACCCACCCCUUCCUCUCGCGUGAGGCAGCCGAGUAUAUCGUCAGUCUGGGAUUCCGUGUCGUUGGUAUUGACGCGUUGAGUCCCGAUGAGACGCGUGUCGCCGCUUCAGACUCGGAAUCGGAGGAAGAAAAAGCGGAAGAGCAAGGCUCGUUCGCAGCCCACGAAACAAUCUUGGGUGCAAAUGGUGUCAUAGCAGAGAACCUCACGAAUCUGGGUAUGCUGGGUAAUGGGCAAGGGUUUACGAUUCAUCUUGUCCCGCUCAAACUCGAUGGAUGCGAUGGAUCGCCUGUGAGGGCAUAUGCGCUGAGGAGUUCGUGA